GUCUGUCUACUGCAGUAUACGGCGUUACACUGGGCGGCGAAACACGGCAACAUGGACCUGGUGAAAAUGUUGGCCGGCACGUACAGCGUCAACGUCAACGCUAAAACGAAUGGAGGUUACACGCCGUGUCAUUUGGCUUUACAGUUCGGGCACGAAGAGAUCUACAAAAUACUGGUCGAAUCGUACGGAGCCGACCCAAACGUGAGAGACUACAGCGGACGCAAGCCCAGACAGUACCAGACGAACCAAGACACGAGCCUGUCGGCGGACACGUAUCGCAAACUAAACGCCCGAAAACACAAACACAUGGAAAAGGAUCUAAGAUUCCUGCGGAUCGGGUCCCUGAACGUGCGCGUUAAACGGACCACAGAGGCGUUCAGCAACUUCCUGGGCGUCGGACAUAAUGCAGAGAAGAUUCACAAGACUUGGGGUUCUGCCGACAACAUACAACAGAACGAUGCCAAGAGAAUGCCUCCUCCGAAAAGCGUUACGAUUAAGAAGAGGAAGUCCAAACGGCCGCAGGACUUUUUGAGGAGGGCCUCGGCCCCGGCCGAUCGUUCUCCAGACAAGAGGAAAUCCGCGGAAGUCGUCACUGGCGACUCGGACUCGGACACGGCUUGCGGAUUCGGCACGAAUUGGCAACCGUCGUGACUGACGUGUCGCCGAGUAGGAUAUCACUGGUUCGCCCUCGUGCCGGUCGUGGCUUCGCUGUUAUUAUUUUCAAGGCGCUUUUUUUGCAAUUAUUAUUCGGCCUCCGAUCGUCAUUUUUGGGUGAUGAUUACACUAACGAAAUCUCCAAUAACAACGGUACUCUCUCGUUGUCUCAACCGUAGCAUUUUAUCACUAUCUAUAACGCACCCCAAGUAUUAUUAGCAAUAAGUAACGAUCGUCUGUGUACUAUAUAUAGAUAUUAUUAUUAUCAUUAUUAUUACUAUAAUGUUAUUAUUCUGUUGAUUUUUAUGUUGUCGGUCAGAGGACUUUUUUUUUUAAGUUUAAUUUUUUUUUUUUUUUGUGCGCUAAUGCUUUUAACAUUUUGUUUUACUACCUAUAUGUAUACAAUAUUAUCGUGUAACUCGUCUUUGUAAAUAUAUAAUAUAUAUAUUACUUAAUCGGCCAAAUCGAAUAUAAUAUUGUCAGCGGACAUUUUUAACAAAUGUUUUAACUUGUUUAAUUUUACAUACCUACCGUUUAUAAUAUCGAUAUUUGAUUGUACUUAUAUGUAAUAUUACAUUUACAAUAUUAUUUAUUUUAUUUUGUUUAUAACUAUGAUAAGUACGAAUGUUAAUGUUAGACACUUAUUAUUGUUAACGGACUUUGAUAGAUUGUAGUCCGUGUUAUUACUUAAAACGAAAUUGUACCUAUUGACGAUUCCGCUUUUUUAAGAUUAACGAUUAUAGCAAUAAUAGUUACGUUAUCGGGUUAUAAAUAAUGCUGUAUGUUAUUAAUUUUAUCUAGGUAUUUUAUUAUUUUAUUAUGUUGUCUUUGUCGUUAAGUUUUUUUAAUGUGUACUAGUGACUAUAUAGUGUUAAUUUACUCUACGACAUAACAUUUUCAUUAGGUAGGUACCUAAUUAUUUUAAUAUACAGUCUCCAAUAA